UUUGUAUAUGAAAAGUGUCCAUCUUCUGUCCAAUUUAUUCCAUUUUAUAUAUUCCCUUUUAGUUUGUGGAAUUUGUGGGUGGGGGGAGGGGAGAGGAGGAUUGUUAAGAGGCUCAAGAAUGGAUGUGGAGAGUGUAUGGCUAGCGCAAAAAUGGGUGGAGUUUAAAAGACUAAUACUACGUCGGCUAAAAAUAUGGGGACGGGUGGAAAUAACGCGUCAGACUUUUUAUUAAGAAAUAUUAAAGUUGGUGGAAACUGGAAUAUUUUUUUGAUUUUGAAAUUUUUUUUAAUCUUUAAAGAAUGUUUAACAAUUAAAGUUGAGAGAAUGAGCACACCAAAAAAAUUCUUUGCUCAAAAUUGCACUAUUUAUUUAAUGUGUGUUUAGUAAAGGAGAAGAUAGGGGUGAUAGUCAUCGUUUUUUGUCUGACAAUUAAACUUUUGUAUAUUUUUUGGAGGAGGAGGAGGGGGAUGUUUUAAGUGUGAAAAAAUAAAAUAAAAAUAAAUUCACAUGUUAUUCACAUUGUUUUUUCUAUAUUUUUGCUCCGCGCCGCAACAUUCUCCCUUUUUUCUAAAAAAAUUUCUUUAAUUUCUUCCUCGUAUCACUUCCAUUAACAAUUUUCAAAAACACAAAAAAAUUAACAGUCCAGUCUUUCACAAUUGCUUUCAUCAUCACAAUCAUCAUCUUACUUUUAAAAAAUAUUUGUAAGUAGAUACUCACUCACUCACAAACACGCACUUUGCUCUCCCUCUCUUUUCUUAUUACUAUUUCCGCUCUCGUUAUCAAAAAAUUUCGUUCUAAUUAUUGUGGGUUGAUUUAGCGCUGACUUGGAAUUGCUAAAAAAAAUUCUAGAAACUAAAAAUUUUGCAUAAAGAUAUUCUCUGUAGCAUUGCCUAUCUGGCUUUACUUUAGUAUAGGCCCACCGAGAUCGAAACUCGGAAUAUAUACAUAUCAUUCGAUUGACAGUCCUAAUUAAUUUGCUUUAUUUUAAAAUGCUCGAUGAACUUUGUGUGUUAAUUUGGUGUCUGUACAUACAUAAUAUCAAUUAGAAACACACCACCACCAACCACCCACGUUUAUACAAACAUAAAUAAUUGGUUGUUUGACGGACACGUUCUUUUGUUGUUUUAAUGUUUUUGAUUACGUUAAAGUAAAAAAUGAAUGAAUGUUUGUAGGUAUAUUGUAUAAAAACAUGAAAGGAUUUUUUGGAAGUUGAAUUAGAGAAGUUUUGAAUUCUUUUAAAAUGUUUUUUGUUAAAUUCUAGGUGUUUAAACUUAAAGUUUAGUAGAAAAUCUUUAUUUGGUUGUUUUGCGAUUGUAAAUGUUUGAGAGCAUUUUGUUAGAUUAUUUGGCCUAUAGAUUCUUAGCUUGUUCAUGCUUAGUUUUGCUGGUUUUGGAUUUAAUUGCG